AAGUGCACUGUGUAGGGAGCAGGAGCCCGUUUAGGAUGCGGCCCUGAUCCUCUCCGGUCCGGGUUCGGUUGUGACAGCGCGCGUGCGGUAAAUAAAAAGCCGCACACAAACAGCGGAACGAGCGGAAAUGUUGCACACGGAGCGUUUAGUGCGCGACUGUCUGUGGGACACUGUGUGUUUAUCUGCAGGGACGUGUCGACGUGUAUAAACGUGUAAACAUCUGGUCCAUGUGGCGGCUCCCGGACUUUAAUCCGAGCGCCCGGUGCGUUUUGUUUAAAGGUUUUAAAACAAAAGUUUAUUUCCAGCAGAAAAAUCUUUAUUGUGAUGAGGAAUAAAUCCCGAGCGGUGUGUAUGUUUGUUCCGGCACUAACUCUGUACUGUGGACUUUGUGUGACUGAUUUAUUCUCGGUGUAAACAGCGCUCUUUGUUCUGAGACGCAGACCCUCAGCUCCACUCUGUGUUUCUUCACAUCCCACUGUUGAGGCAGCUGACAGCAUGUUUCCGUUUCUCCGUGGCAGUGUGGUGCUGAGUGAUGCUGAGAUCCUCGCUCUGAGGUUGUGAUGCUCGCCACACACUCCAUCAGUCCUUUAUGAAUCCACUUUCAUGCCCUGGUCCGGUCGUGCCGCAGUGCUGUGGCUCCUGACUCGUGAGGGCUGAUGAGUGUUUGGGAGCAAUGGAGCGCUGCAAGCAUGUGGUCCGUCUCCGUUUGGGACAAGAUCACUCCAUCUUGAACCCUCAGAAAUGGCGCUGUGUGGACUGCGACACCACAGAGUCCGUGUGGGCCUGUCUCAAAUGUGCGCACGUGGCUUGUGGUCGCUACAUCGACGAGCACUCGCUGCAGCACUACCGCGAGACACAGCACCCGCUCGCCAUGGAAGUUCGAGAGCUAGAUGUGUUCUGCUUUGCGUGUGGCGAUUACGUCCUAAACGACAACGCAGAGGGCGACCUGAAGCUCCUGCGGGGGGCGUUGUCCACCGUGCGGGAUGUCGGGCGCCGCUCCAUGCGUUCGGCGUCGUCGGCGUCGCACUCGGUGGGCAGCGACGGGGCAGGGACUGUGCAGGUGGCAUUAAGGCACCGGAGACGUGUGCUGUUAGGAACUGCUUUUCGGCACUGGAGGACACGGCAACAAGACGAGCAGAAAAAACUGGAACAGGAGAAGGAGGAACUUCGGCGACAACGUAAGGAAAUGAAGAAAAGGAUCAUGGGAGAUGACGGAAACGCACCGCCAAGGAAAAGCGCACGCCUUUUAACGCAGGCACCGCGGCCACUAAUUGCGCUGAUUCCAAGAAAAUUCAGAGACCCACCUGAAAAAGUGCCACUUCCCAGCAAGACUUUGUCAAAAAAUCCCAGAAAAGUGCUCCGUACUGUGAAAUCGGGCGUGGCAGGAAAGCGGGCCAAUUCAUCAUUUCUGUUAGCACGGCGCAGGCGAUUAGCGCCGGGUGUCACAGGACUUCGUAACCUAGGCAACACGUGUUACAUGAACUCCAUCCUCCAGGUGCUGAGCCACCUGCGUAAGUUCAGGGAGUGUUUCCUUGCACUGGAUCUGUGUGAGACGGAGCAGCUGCUGCUCGCCAAAACUCAAGGCAUGAUGGAAGGAGAAAAACUGGUGCCGCCCAAAGACCCUCGCUCUUCAUCUUUAUCCGGCCAGCAGGUAUCUCUGUGCCAGGAGCUGCACACUCUGUUUAGGGUGAUGUGGUCCGGCCGCUGGACGCUCGUUUCUCCAUUCGCCAUGCUGCACUCCGUGUGGAACGUCAUCCCGGCAUUCCGUGGCUGUGACCAGCAGGACGCUCAGGAGUUCCUGUGUGAGUUGCUAGAUAAAGUGCAACAGGAGCUUGAGGCUGAUGGCGGCUACGGUGCGAAACGGCAACACACACGCACACGCAUCGUUAUCCCUAUCACACAGAGGAAACUCUCCAAACAGGUGCUCAAAGUCCUCAACACCAUCUUCCAUGGCCAGCUGCUCAGCCAGGUGACGUGUCUGUCCUGUAAGCGCAAGUCAAACACAGUGGAGCCCUUCUGGGAUUUGUCUCUGGAGUUUCCUGAGCGUUAUCACAGUGUGGCUAAGCUGAGCCAAGUGUCCUCUCAGAGCUGCUCUCUCACUGAGAUGCUGAGCAAGUUCACUGAAACUGAGGCUCUGGAGGGAUGUAUCUACAACUGUAACUACUGCAACAGAAAAAGACGCAAGUCGUCCCACAAGCCACUGGCUCUGUCCGAGGCCUGUAAACAGCUGCUGAUUUAUCGUUUACCUCAGGUGCUGCGGCUUCACCUAAAACGCUUCCGCUGGUCGGGCCGGAACCACAGGGAGAAGAUCGGUGUUCAUGUGGCAUUUGAUCAGGUUCUGAACAUGGAGCCAUACUGCUGUCCUGACGCAUCACAGGUCUUCACCUACGACCUCUCUGCUGUAGUGAUGCAUCAUGGGAAAGGCUUCGGCUCAGGACACUACACGGCCUACUGCUACAACACAGAGGGGGGUUUCUGGGUCCACUGUAACGACUCUGAGAUGAAUGUGUGUAGCGUGGAGGAGGUCUGCAGCACUCAGGCGUACAUCCUGUUUUACACACAACGCUCAGCUUAAAGAGACUCGACAAACCCACACCUGGGUGUAGUACUGACCGAACAAUCCAACCUGUGUGUGUCUAGAACAGGCCUUACUUCCGUGUGAGAGAGAGAGAGACAUGCCUAUCCUAGCCAGCACACAUGUUUAGGUCAGGUCUGAUUAGCCGUCACACGGCUCAGCUGUAUUUUUUCACUGAGGUAUUUUACAAUAAAGACGAGGUUCAUCACUCGUGGCACUUUUCAGCUGAUGUGGAGCAGGAAUCGGUCCACAGCCGGUUCUGAGUGUUUACAGUAGGCCACGCAGCAGCUUUACAUUGUCUUCUACAUAAACGUGCAUAUUCUGGACGUUACUCGUGAUGAUACUAGUGAUGUCAUACACUCCCAGCAUGCGUCUGAUUUGGCAGGAGUGUGACUUGGUUGUAGGUAAUGAUUGAACACACCAGCAAAAAAAAAAGACCUGAAAGCCACUGUUGAGUGUUUGCAGUAAUCAGCUUAUGUAUAAACCUAUAAACCUUUUAUACCAAUCGCUCCAGACGUCCGAGUUUUGUUUGUUUGUUGCCAUGGCAACAGCAGGUUUGAGCAGCUAUACCUUCAGUAUGAAUAGAUUUAAUCAGGGUUUAUGUCUGUGCUCAUGUUGUAGAAGGCUGUGUGUUUGGGAAAUAAACACGUCUGCUGACGUAACCGUUCGGCUCUGUAAGCUUUGUGCUGCUCAAUAAAACACGUCAGUCACGUGGCUUCGGCUCCACGUCUGUUGAAAAGUUGCAUCAGCUCUGACCAAGUUCGUUUUAGAUCUCAGAGAUUUUCUACACACUAAGACUGCGCAGACACACACACACACAAACACAGUGUGUGUGCACAUCCAGGGCAUUCAGGACCAGCGUCCUCACACUGGAGAUUCAGGAAUACACCAACAUGCCCACACUGCCUGAGGGAGGAGCUCAGGGUGAUGGUGGGGGUGGAGAAAGAAGUGUAGCUGGGGGAAGGAUGGAGCUCCCCCUGUGCUGACUGAGACAACUGUCUGGAGGAUUCCAUCAUCAAACUUCUCACACACUACAAUCAGGAAUUGCUCAACUUUGUUAUACUGUUUUUCUUUUCUACUGUGGUUUCUAAUGUGCAUCGUGAACUGUGUGCUGGGGCGUGGCUACCUGCACCUAGGAACCCGAGGGGCGGUGCUACCUGCACCUAGGAACCCGAGGGGCGGUGCUACCUGCACCUAGGAACCCGAGGGGCGGUGCUACCUGACUCGGGGGGGGGGGGGGGGGGGCUGUUACUUUAGUCAAUUACUGACCAGAACAAUCUGAUGACCAUGAAUGUCUUUCUUCUGCGUGAGUGUGUGUGAGAGAGAGAGAGAGAGAGAGAGAGUUUAGGACUACAGGGGUUUUACACUGACCUCUGAACUCAUGACAUUUUGUUCUGUAUUGUGGAGCACCAGUUAUCAACUUUAUUGAUCUGGACUUGACCUGAUAGCGAUUAAAGAUAUUCCAUCACAA